CGCUCCAGCGUCCGGCCGCGCCCGUGUCCCGGGCUGCGGCGAGGAGACUGGCCGCGGACUCGAGCUCUCGGUGACCCGAGUCCGAGCCGCGCUGCGCCUUCCCGGGCGGAACCGGCUGCACUGCGCUCGGGCGUCCGGGUCCGUAGCUCUUGGCCCGGCGCGGGGGCGUGGGUCUCGCGCGCGUGCGCGGCGACCGAACCGAGUGGGCCGGGACCCCAGGGUGGCGCGCACGCUGCCCCGGCACGGGGCGACCCGCGGGCACGUGGGCAUGAGCUUCCCAGCGCCGCGACCCCACUGAGGAGGAAGAUUGGGGUCCGGAGGGGCGCAGGCCGCUGGCGCUGCGCGAGGCCAUGGCGUUCCUGGCGGGGCCGCGCUUGCUGGACUGGGCCAGCUCCCCGCCCCACCUGCAGUUCAAUAAGUUCGUGCUGACCGGCUACCGGCCGGCCAGCAGCGGCUCCGGCUGUCUGCGUAGCCUCUUCUACCUGCACAACGAGCUGGGCAACAUCUACACCCACGGGCUAGCCCUGCUGGGCUUCCUGGUGCUGGUGCCGAUGACCAUGCCCUGGAGUCAGCUGGGCAAGGAUGGCUGGCUGGGGGGCACACACUGUGUGGCCUGCCUGGCCCCUCCUGCUGCCUCUGUGCUGUAUCACCUCUUCAUGUGCCACCAAGGGGGCAGCCCUGUGUACACCCGGCUCCUCGCCCUGGACAUGUGUGGAGUCUGCCUCGUCAACACCCUCGGGGCCCUACCCAUCAUCCACUGCACCCUGGCCUGCAGACCUUGGCUGCGCCCAGCUGCUCUGGUGGGCUACACUGCACUGUCGGGCAUGGCUGGCUGGCGAGCCCUCACUGCUCCCUCCACCAGUGCCCGGCUCCGAGCCUUUGGUUGGCAAGCUGGGGCCCGCCUCCUGGUGUUUGGGGCCCGUGGAGUGGGGCUUGGCUCAGGAGCUCCAGGCUCCCUGCCCUGCUAUUUGCGCAUGGAUGCACUGGCACUGCUUGGAGGGCUGGUGAACGUUGCCCGCCUGCCAGAGCGCUGGGGACCUGGGCGUUUCGACUACUGGGGCAACUCCCACCAGAUCAUGCACUUGCUCAGCGUGGGCUCCAUCCUGCAGCUGCACGCUGGUGUUGUGCCUGACCUGCUCUGGGCCGCCCGCCAUGCCUGUCCCCCAGACUGAACUGCCUGCCCGCUGAGCCAGCCUCCCCAUUGGCCCUUGGACACCUUUCCUCUUGCUGGUCUGCAAGGGCCUGGCCCCCCCAGGAAGCUUCCAGAGCAAGGGACUUCCCAGCUGAGACACCUUGUCUGUUCAUUGUUCCCUGUGGAUUUACCUCUUCUUCCACCCAGGCUUUGGAACUCCAUCUACCCGUCCCCUCCUGCCUCCCUCCAGGGUAGUUUUGCUGUGCCAGCUGGAAGGAAACUUCUCCCUGUCUGUGCCUCGGUUUACCCUUUGUGACCUGAGGCUUGGGUUAGAGGGCCUCUAGGGUUGUGUCUUGCCCUGACGGUUGAGUCUUGCCAAUUGCCCAUGCCUGCCAUCCCAGAGCCAUCUCCCCAUCCUGCCCCUCCCACACCUCCUCAUGGGUCCCUGGGUGAGCCCAUGCUUCCACCUCUGUCCUGCAUGCCAGCUCUCCUAGCGCCACAACCUCACCCUUCCUGAUCCACAAGACUGGAUGGAGUGAGGGUGAAGACAGCAGGACCAGCCCCUUCUCCCAGGACCAAGUGGGCACUAGCCAUUCAUGUACCAGCUGGCCAAGAGGCACAAGGGUGGCAGUUGCUUGUUCCAGCAAGCACAGAUGUGGAAUGGGAGGCUCUGGACCCAGGACCCCAUGGGAUAAGGCUCGUCUUCCACCUUCAGUGCCAAUGUCUUGAGGAAGGACUUGACCUGCCCACCAGGGAUGCGCCCACUCAGGAAAUCUGCUCCACACAGUGCAGCUCCAGCCUGCUUGCCAGCGGCCUGAGACCCUGCUCAGUGCAGGGCUCAGCCUCAAGGCCAGACCAUCCCAGGGACUCAAGACCCUGGGCAGCAUCAAUAAAGGGACCGGAAGUGCUA